UCCACCUUUAUGGAGGCAUUAGCAGCCAAUGGUACAACCAACAUCCAGACAUCUGUAACGGGAGUGACAGCCAGCAAACGGAGAUUUAUUGAUGACAGAAGAGAUCAACCUUUUGAUAAAAGGCUACGUUUCAGUGUGAGACAAACAGAGAGUGCGUACCGGUACAGAGACAUUGUUGUCAGGAAACAAGAUGGAUUCACACACAUUUUGCUGUCAACAAAAUCAUCUGAAAAUAAUUCCCUAAAUCCAGAGGUAAUGAAGGAAGUCCAAAGUGCAUUGAACACAGCAGCUGCAGAUGACAGUAAACUCGUGCUGUUCAGUGCAGUUGGUAGCAUUUUCUGCUGUGGUCUUGAUUUUAUUUAUUUUAUACGACGUUUAACAGAUGAUAGAAAAAAGGAAAGCACUAAGAUGGCAGAAGCUAUUAGGAAUUUUGUGAAUACUUUUAUUCAGUUUAAGAAGCCUAUCAUUGUAGCAGUAAAUGGCCCAGCCAUUGGACUUGGAGCAUCUAUAUUGCCUCUGUGUGACGUGGUUUGGGCUAACGAGAAGGCUUGGUUUCAGACACCAUACACUACUUUUGGACAAAGUCCAGAUGGAUGUUCAUCCCUUACAUUCCCCCGGAUAAUGGGCCUGGCUUCUGCCAAUGAAAUGUUGUUCAGUGGAAGGAAGCUGACUGCACAGGAAGCUUGUGCCAAAGGCCUCGUCUCUCAAGUGUUUUGGCCGGGAACAUUUACACAAGAAGUAAUGGUUCGAAUUAAGGAACUUGUCACAUGUAAUUCAGUUGUACUUGAAGAAUCCAAAGCUUUAGUACGUAACAUCAUGAAGGUGGACUUGGAACAGGCAAAUGAAAAGGAGUGUGAAGUUUUAAAGAAAAUCUGGGGCUCAGCACAAGGAAUGGACUCAAUGUUAAAAUACCUGCAGAAGAAAAUUGAUGAGUUCUGA